AUGAAAUUGACCAUCUUCUUCUUCUUCUUCUUUUCCUUCACCCUUCUCGGGAUCACAGCUGGUUUAAAUGCAGUUUGUUACGGCCCACAAAGUCGAGUCCUGUUGCUACUGACCGCCAAGCUAGCAGCUCGAGAAAUGAAUGACGUUGCUGUCAUUUGCGAAUCCGGUGCGGAAUCCAUGUGUCGACGAUUCAUGUAUGGACCCGAGUACGAAGAAAAGGGAAUUGACGAAGAAAACAAAGCGAAACCCACCUCGGACCCGACUCUGAUGGAAACUGCAUUGAAGAAGGCCAACGUCAUCUUGUUGACUGGACAUGACAAUCCCAUUGAAGAAAAAGCAGUCAACACGCUACUCAACACAGCCGGAGAGGGUCUUUCCAAGGUGGUUCUAGUGUCACAAAUGGGUGGAUCGAAAGCAAAGGGUGGGUUCUUUGGCGGUGGCAAUAGCAUCAAGGAAUCAGAAGACUACAUUCGCAAAGUCUGUCAGUCCAAGGGGUUGGAUCUAUCCAUUGUCCGAGCUGGUAUGCUCAAGGGAGGUGGAUGCGGCGAUGUCGGUGACGAUUUUGGUUUGAACAAAGUCUACUACAAUACAUUGGUGGAUGUAAUCGAGGCAUCCGUCACGAUGGCACACGACAAGUACAGUUUGGGGGCUGAUUGUACUCUUGGUGACACUGUGGAAAUGCCAAACAUGUUUACCCAAAUGGGAUCUAAAUCUUCCUUUGAACCAUGCCAGUAUGACUCCAAUCGAAUUGUAGUGGCUGGUGGAGCUGUUGCUGCAGCAUUGAAAGAUGGAGAGAUUGAAUUUUCCAUUGGCACCCAGUCCUCUAAAACACCUCCUUCGCAAGAGGAUUGGGUGAAGAUGUUUGACACGAUGGAAUGA